AUGAACGAAAUAAGAGAAGUAUAUACUGUAGGCUAGAAUGCGUAUGGAGAACUUGCUCAUGGAGAUAAUAUUGAAAGACACGUAUUCACUCUAGUAGAAUUUUGCAAAGGGAUGAAUGUCAUCUAAGUGGCAGCUGGAAACGAACAUAGUCUUAUCCUUACAGAAAACGGUGAUGUAUUCUCAGGUGGAUAUAAUGAAAUGGGUAAUUCUCUUUCUUAAAGUCCUAAUGCACUCAACCCAAACAAUAACAAUAAUAAUUCCCGAACUGGUAAUCUUAGAUUAGUAGAAAAACUAAGAGGUAAAAACAUAGUUAAAAUAUUUGCAUCUAAUGGAUGUGAACAUGUAGUUGCAUUGACAAGUCAUGGGGAUUAAGCAUCAAUGAACUCUCCUAAACAAGUAGAGGCUUUAUCAAGAAAAUUUGUCACAACAGUAGGUUGCUCAUAUUAUCACACAAUAUUCUCUUGUGCCGAUGAAAUGGAAAUAUAUUCCUGUGGUAGAAAUGACUAUGGCUAGCUGGGCCUUGGUCAUAUUGAAGAUAGGAAUAUCCCAUCACUCAUUGAAUCACUUAACAGUAAAAAAAUUGUAUCUAUCGGAUGUGGAUAGUACCACAGCGUAGUAACCACUGUUGAUGGAGAAAUUUAUAGCUUCGGGAGAAACGAUAGCGGUUAGCUUGGGCUGUCUGCUACUGAAAACUAUGUUAGCACUCCGAAAGAGAUAAAAAAUCUAAAAAGCACUUAAAUUGCCUGUGGCUAUUAUCAUUCAGUAGCUAUAUCAAAUGGAUAAUUAUAUAGUUGGGGUAAAAAUGAUUCCGGCUAGCUAGGAAUCGGAAUAUACAGUGCAAAGGAAGUAAUUCCGACUCAGGUUAAAGAUCUAGAAGAUUAGGAAAUUGUACAAGUUGCUUGUGGUUGUUAUCAUACUCUUGCUCUUGGAUAUGCUGGAUAAUUAUUUGCUUUUGGAAGAAAUAGUCAUGGGUAACUUGGGGAUGGUACCACUAACAACUCAUGCAAACCAUUAUUGAUUCAGGGAUUAUCAGACAAAAAAGUAUGCUAAAUAGCUGCAGGCUUUUACCACUCAAUAGUGUUAGCUAAUCCUGUAAUAAGAAAUCCUUUGGUAGAGGAUUUUAAAUGUCUUCUAAAUAAUUAAGAACUAUCAGAUGUCACUUUCAUUGUUGAAGGGAAAAAGCUUUAUGCCCAUAGAUGUAUUUUAAUGGCUAGAUGUGAACCAUUGGAUAGAAUGGUAAAUGGAAAUAUGAGAGAAGCCUAUGAUUUGCAGAUACAGAUAGAAGAUACCAGUUAUUAAUGCUUUUAUUCGCUAUUGGAAUAUCUUUAUACUGAAUAGGUUGAAGCUUUGAGUUAAUUUGAGACAGAUAUCAAUUUUGCUCUUGAUUUGCUAAGUUUGGCUGACUAAUACUUAGUUGAAUAACUGAAAAAAAAAUGCGAGGAGGCUAUUCAAAAAAGUAUUAAGAUUGAUGACGUAUGUUUGAUGCUAAAUAUUGCUAUAAGUAGAGGGGCAAACUCUCUGAAAAAGAGAUGCUUAUCAUUUAUGAUGAGCAAUUUCUCUAAAAUUAUUGUGUUAGAUUAAUUUGUGGAUUUACCAAAACAUGUUCUUAAAGAGGUAUUUAAGAUGGCUAAUAGAAGAGGUGUUUUUGUAAGAGAACUUUUAUGA